CGCCAGAUCGUAUCCGAGUCACGUCCCCUUCCGCGUACGGACCUGAUGAACAUAAAGACGGCCGUUGCCCGCUCCUGAAUGCAUGGAGUGCUUGGCAGUCAAACACACUUGGCCAUCUGUUUCAUUUCGACCUCUCCCAUUCUCCAGCAUCUCUCCAUCUCCGAUAAGCCAUGCCGACCCUCGAGACCUACAAUGGCUACCCGCUAUGGCGGUACAUUCCGUCUUUGCCGGCUGCCAUUCUAUUUACCGUCAUUUUCGGCAUCUUGAUGGCAGCGCACUGCUGGAAGCUCUUCCGACACAGGAUGUGGUUCUGCAUUCCGUUUGCAGUCGGAGGGUUGUUCGAAGUUAUAGGCUACAUCGGUCGAGCAGCGGCGUACAACUCCACCGGCGUCCUCAUCCCCUACAUCUUGCAGUCGAUCUUCCUCCUACUCGCCCCGAUUCUCUUUGCCGCGACCCUCUAUAUGACACUCAGCCGAGUCAUUAGUGCCGUCCACGGCGAAGCUUGCUCGAUGAUUGCACCUCGAUGGCUUACUCGCAUCUUCGUCUUCGGCGACGCCUUCAGUUUUCUGAUCCAGUCCAGUGGUGCUGGCCUUCGCGUCAAGGCUGGAAGUGGGGACGACAACAGCAACCCCAACCUGGGAUCGAAUAUCAUUGUCGGCGGUUUGAUCUUCCAGAUCCUCGUCUUUGCCGUCUACGUCCUCACGGCAGUGCGUUUUCAGAUGAACUUCAAGCGGCACGAGGCGUCAAAGAACGUGGUGGAUCUGCCGUGGCAGGGAUUGCUCAACAUGCUCUACGUCACGUCUGCAUUUAUCAUGAUCCGAAAUAUUUUCAGGGUGGCAGAGUAUUCCAUGGGCAGUGACGGGUAUCUGCUCGGCCAUGAGUGGGGAGUGUACGUUUUCGAUGCGUCGCUUAUGACCUUUACCAUGACGUGGUUUUUCCUGCGAUACCCGAGCCAGCUGGUGAGGAGGGAGAACUCGGAGGCUGGAAUUGAGAUGGCUACUACGGAGAGCGCUUAGGGGGUAGGAGUAGUGGUUUCUAUUCGAGUAAGGGAAUGACUUAGCUGUCGCUUCACCUCGUUCGAAGCGACUCAUUAUUCAGCGACAUUUGGGCUUCUAUAGGAGUUACUGUCGCAUUUACCUAUUUGCUUCCCGGCACCUGCAACGUUAUUUCCACUCAUGACAAGUGGGAAUGGGAUCGACGAGGGGGAACUAGCCGGGGAGAGAAAUAGCAGAAUCGGGGCGUUUCAGGCCAUUACAUGAAGUAGCAAGCAGAUGUUUUACACAAGUAGUUUCAAACGCUGGAAUUUAUUAUUAAUUUAAGUCUCUCACUAGCAGGGUUGCAA